GGCUUAGCGGAGGAGUCGGUGGCGAGCGGGGGGAGGGGGGCUCUUAUUUUGUUAGGGGGACCGGGCCAAGGCCCGACCGGCCUGGCAGGGCUUGCCCGGGGCCGGGCGUCAUGUCUCAUGCGGCCGAGCCAGCUCGGGACGGCGUAGAGGCCGACGCGGAGGGCCCUCGAGCUGUGUUCGUGCUGUUGGAAGAGCACAAGCCGGCCGACACGGCCCAGCUGCUCAGCUUGAACUCUUUGCUUCCGGAAUCCGGGAUUGUUGCUGAUAUUGAGUUAGAAAACAUCCUUGAUCCUGACAGCUUCUACGAACUCAAAAGCCAACCUCUACCCCUACGCUCCAGCCUCCCAAUAUCACUGCAGGCCACACCAACCACCCCAGCUCCACUCUCUGCAUCAUCUUCUGCAGGGGGCUCCAGGACCCCUGCCAUGUCAUCAUCAUCUUCGUCUCGGGUCUUGCUGCGGCAGCAGCUCAUGCGGGCCCAGGCACAGGAGCAAGAGAGGCGUGAGCGGCGGGAACAAGCUGCUGCUGCUCCUUUCCCCAGUCCUGCACCUGCCUCACCUGCCAUCUCUGUGGUUGGCGUCUCCACUGGUGGCCAUACAUUGGGCCGUCCACCCCCUGCUCAGGUGCCCAGGGAGGUGCUCAAGGUUCAGACCCACCUGGAGAACCCAACACGCUACCAUCUGCAGCAGGCACGCCGGCAACAGGUGAAACAAUACUUGUCUACUACACUUGGGCCCAAGCUGGCUUCCCAGGCCCUCACGCCACCACCUGGGCCUGCCAGUGCCCAGCCGCUUCCUGCCCCUGAGGCUGCCCAUGCCACCGGCCCUACAGGGAGUGCACCUAACAGCCCCAUGGCACUGCUCACCAUCGGGUCCAGCUCAGAGAAGGAGAUUGAUGAUGUCAUUGAUGAGAUCAUCAGCCUGGAGUCCAGUUACAACGAUGAGAUGCUCAGCUAUCUGCCUGGAGGCACUGCAGGGCUGCAGCUUCCCAGCACGCUGCCUGUCUCUGGAAAUUUGCUUGAUGUAUACAACAAUCAGGGAGUGGCCACCCCAGCCAUCACUGUCAGCAACUCCUGUCCAGCUGAGCUGCCCAACAUCAAGCGGGAGAUCUCUGAAACCGAGGCAAAGGCUCUUUUGAAGGAACGACAGAAGAAGGACAAUCAUAACCUGAUUGAACGGCGCAGGCGAUUCAACAUUAAUGAUAGAAUCAAGGAGCUUGGAACCCUCAUCCCCAAGUCCAAUGAUCCGGAGAUGCGCUGGAACAAAGGCACCAUCCUAAAGGCCUCUGUGGAUUACAUCCGCAAGUUACAGAAGGAACAGCAGCGCUCCAAAGAUCUGGAGAGCCGGCAGCGAUCCCUGGAGCAAGCAAACCGCAGCCUCCAGCUCCGAAUUCAGGAGCUAGAACUGCAAGCCCAGAUCCAUGGUCUACCAGUACCUCCCACCCCAGGGUUGCUCUCCCUGGCCACAACUUCAGCCUCUGACAGCCUCAAACCCGAGCAGCUGGACGUUGAGGAGGAAGGCAGGCCAAGCACUGCACCAUUUCAUGCAGCAGGGGGACCCGCUCACAAUGAUCCCUUUCAUCAGCCCCCAGCACCACCCUCGGAUGCCCUUCUGGACCUGCACUUUCCCAGCGACCAUCUGGGGGACCUGGGGGACCCCUUCCACCUGGGGCUGGAGGACAUUCUGAUGGAGGAGGAAGGGGUGGUGGGAGGACUCUCUGGGGGUGCCAUAUCCCCACUGCGGGCUACCUCUGACCCCCUGCUCUCUUCAGUAUCCCCGGCUGUAUCCAAGGCCAGCAGCCGACGCAGCAGCUUCAGCAUGGAGGAAGAGUCCUGAUCAGGCCUCCCCCCUUCCCUGGGACUAACCCACUCAGGGAAGGAGAACAAGCCAGGAUGAGGCCCUGCCUUUUCCCCCACCCUCCCAUGAGACUGCCCUGCCCAGGAAUUUUGGGGGAAGAGGAGAUGCAAUCAGGCACCACCUCUGUAAUAGGCAAGGAGGAGGAAUCAGGUGAGGCCCCACCCCUUCUUCAAAGGAACAGCCCAAUGCAGGUAUUUUAGAGGAAGGCAGAAGGCUAUGAGAUCUCAAGUCUAUGCUAACUCACAGGAGCCCCUGAAGAUCAUCAUCACAGCCUUACUCCCAGCCCCCAAGGACUUUCCUAAGAAGUUGUCCUAAGAACAGGAUUUAUCAUGAUGUUGCUCCAUUCCUAGUCUGAGACUUACCAGUCUAGCCUCUCCUGGUACUGGGAAAAGAGUACAAAUGGUGGUCCCAUCCUUGGGGGUUUAAGCCCUGCCCCUUCCCCAUGAACAAUACUCUGUUUUACCAGCGACAGAAGUAAUGAUAUGAUCCAAUCCCUUGCCCUGAGAACCACCCCUUCCCUAUAGGAAGAGGCAAACACUGGUAUUUCAGGUGUGGACGAAUUCGUAGGAUCUGGCCCCGCCCCUGGCCCUUAGCAGCUUCCCAUGUAAGCAUUCCACUCCACUCAGCAGGGAAGAGCAGUCCUUAAUCUCCCCGCCUUAACCUGGGACCAACCUGAAUUGACCAAGGAGGACUGAGCUGACAUUGUUCUUGGGCUGGGGACAGAUCUUCAUAUGUUGUGUGUUGAGUUUCCAUACCUAGAUCUGGAGUGAGAUUUAGGCCCCUAAUUUUCUUACUUGAAAGCAAUUUUCGGAACUGAUAGGGAUGAAUGGGAACUCAGUCUAGGUGUCCAAAACUACUAUGAUACUUUUCUCCGAGUUGUGGAAUGAUGAAGGAAGGGGUCGUCCAGGCUGUUUCUCAGCCCAGGGGGAAAAAAAAUAGAACCUGUCUCAGUAUCACCUACAAUGCAGGGGCUUAGAGGAAGGGUGGCAAAAACAUAUUGUAUGCCCUUAUUUGUUUAUGUGAUUUUUUUAUUGACCCUCCUACUCAGAAACUAGGUCACCUCAACUUCUGGCUCCCUCCAUUUGGAGGAUUCUCCCUAUUUCAGAGUUGUAAGAUACACUCCCCACCCAUUUCCACCUCUCCUGCCACUUACACCCAAAGUCUUCAGCUUUGGAUUGUUGGGGCCCGGCCCCAAGGUGGGUGUACUGAGCGGUCUGUAGGUUUGUGAUUAAAAUAAAUGCUAGGCGUGUUUGAUGCGCUUUUAACUUUGGCAAAAA